CUCUGUGUUUGGUUUGCAGGACGGGCACAGAGGGGAUUUAAGCUCCAGUUGCUGAAUGCGUCGUUUGCUGGUAUCUUUUAUGAUACGUGUUAAAACAAGAUGCCAGAGAUGACUGAAAGUCAAACACCUGGUCGUAAACCCAAAAAGAAGAAAAACAAAGAAUCCCACAAUGCAGUUGAGCGACACCGAAAAGAGAAAAUCAAUGCAGGGAUUAACCGUAUUGGCAGUCUCCUGCCGUGUUCUCAAGCACUUAAACAGAGUAAAAACAUGAUAUUGGACCAAGCUUUUCGCUACAUCACUGAACUGAAGAAACAAAACGAUGCAAUGCUUUUGGAUGGAGGCGAUAAAGUGCAAGCAGAGGAGAUUAGUCGGCUGCGGCGUCAGUUGGAGGAACUGAGAAAAGAAAGCGCUCACUACAUUGAGCUCCUCAAAGCCCAUGAUAUCAAUAUUCUAGAGGACCCCACCAUCCACUGGAAGGGCAAGCAACGCUCUGCCAAAGUGGCAAAAGUCACCCCCACUCAUCAGCUCCCAAAGGGGAUUGUCUUGUGCUCCACCAGCAACGUGAAAGGACCUGCAGACAAACAGAUGAGUCCAGGAAAGCAGGCGUCUGAAACGAUAAUCCUCCAGCCACCAGCUGAGGCCAGGUUAAGAGUUAAUGGAGCCUUACUGCAAGUUAAAACACCAUCCUCCACCCCUGCUCUUCUCCCAGCUGCCACACCCAUUCCAUCUACGCCUGGUUCAAGAGCGAUAGAGCAGUGUGUGGUUGAGACACCUGCUGCAGCCCCCACUCUGCCACCUUCUGUGUCCUACAUCACCCUCCAGAUCCCUGCAGCCACUACAUCUCUGCCCCAGCAAGCACAGCCUGCUGCCCCAGUUCAGACAAUUACUAUAGAUGCUACUUCAUCCUCACAGCAUCCCGCUGACAGCGCUGCGUCACCCGUGUCCACACACCUUACGUUUCCCCAAACUGUAACCAAAACAACUUCAGACGUUUGCUCGUUGGUCACACAGAACACUGCUGUCAGGACUGCAUGUUACACUGCUAUCCCUAGCAACCAACCUCUUCUCAGGGCUGCAGGCAGCACUCAGACCACUUGGACAACGCUGCAGAUGGCAGGGAACACGGUCCAACCAGUCUGCCAAAGUCUGCCCUCUCCAGAGGUCAGCAACACCACACAGGCUGUCCAGCAGGUGACUGUCUGUCCAGUGGGCAGCAAAACCUCUGUUUGUCCCAUUCAGAUACAAAAGCAGUCGCACGUGCCUGUACAGCAAACUCCCAUUGCAGGUCACAUUCAGCCACAUCCUCUGAUAAAACCACCCCAUCUACAGCCUGCUGUGCAAAACCAGGCACAACCUCAACCUGUCUUAGCUCCUCAGCCUCAGUGUGCAGUUCUUCCACGGUCAGCCAUAAUACCGCAGCCAGCUGUGGUGGCCCACCCAGCUGUCAUGUCACAGUCCCAGCCUGCUGUACUUCAGUCAGCAUCAUUAGUCCCUCAUCCCCCAGCAGCCCUUAUCCCACAACCUCAGCCAGCUCUGGUACCUCAGCCGCAGGCUGCCAUGCUCCCCCUCCUUCAGACAAUGCAGGUGCUGCAGGUCAAUCCAGCUGCAGCAGUAGCUUCAGGUGUGACGGCACCUCAGAACACAAACAAUCCGAGUCUUGUAAUCCUGCAGCAGGCCAGCACCUGCCCUGCCCAGCCCGUUGUGAGGGAGGAAAUUACAAAUCAGACACCAUGUCAGCAUAUAGUCAUCAUUCAAGCACCCAGUCAAGCUGCAUCUGCUCCUCCAAAUCCUCAGGUCGGGAUUGUUCCUGCCGCUUCCACUCAAACACCUACUACAAGCAGUUCAGUGUCUGCCCCUCCUUCACAAAGUGUUGGAGGAAAGCAGCUGGUGCACAUUCUUCCUCGACCUGUCCAGUCUCAAGUAAACCAUCCUCGACAGGUCAGCCAAGCGUCCACUUCUUCACCAGUUCCUACAACGCCACAUACGAUCACUGUGAAUGGUCAGGUGUUUGCCCUGCAGCCCAUGAAGACCUCAGACAAAUCCAUCUCCCUGGGUGGCCAGAGUACCCUCCAGCUGGUCCAGCCCACCACAUCUGAGGAACCUACUACUAAUGUGGCCCUCAAUAGUUUAGGAGCCCUUAGUAGUUUAAACCAGAGCAUAUCUCAAGGCCUCCCUCUUUCUAGUCAGAGCAGUUGUCAGCCUUUUCCUACUCCGUUAUCAGCAGGACAGCAGCAACCUCCUGCUUCAGCACCCAACUCUGGAGUCACUCUUGUGCUACCUGCCCAACAGCUCCAGGUCCCUUGUGUGAACCCAGUCACCUCAGGGCAAGUGGUUAAUACCUCUAAGCCCUCAGGAAAGAAGCUAUGCACAGUUUUAAACACAAAGAGAGCAGCAGCUAAAAGGAGUAAACCUGCCAAGAAGAAGGAAAACUGCUCUGCACAGGUUGCUGCUGUUCCUGUCAAACCUGCUGAUGCAGGAGAGAGCCAGACAGUAAAAGUUACUUUAUCUCAAGUUUUACAAUCUUCACCUGCCAAAGUAACUAACGUUCUCCCAAUAUGCACUGCAACUUCCACAACUGCAGAAAGCGGCAAAGAUUUAGGUCGUGUUACCUCGGCACAGAACACCAAGCAGCUGAUUGUGUGCAGUUCAACUAGUAGCACCGCUGUCAGUUCAUCUCAAAGCGAGUCAAUUUCCGGUCAAACCACAGUUGGUAAUAUCACAACUGCAGCUACUGUCAAGCUAUCAAACAGCUCAGCUUUGGUAACAGAGAGUAAAUCAGCUUCAGUUUCUGAUAACAGCUCAACUGUAACCAAACCUUCAGUUCUAGAUGUUAAACUCACUACUGCUAGUACAAUAACUAACACACCACAAAGUAAGUUAGUUGUCACUGCUGCUGUUUCUAAACAAAGUAAACCCACUGCAGUUGCCACUGAGGCACAGUACACAUCUGCUGGAGAUUCUACUGCGUGUUUGGCUCAAGUCUGUGCCAGCAGUAGUACAACUACUGCACCUUCAUCUUUAAGCCAGAAUACCCAUGCUGUCUCACAGUGCCUUUCCCAGGAAUCUAAAAUUCAAGACCCACUGACUUGUAGUAAAUCAGAGUUUCAGCCUGGCACUUCGUCCUCCGUGCCCACAGCUGUGUCGCAGUCCUCACCUGCAGCAGUGCAUUCUGUUUCUCACAGCUCCGUCGCUGCCUCUGCAACAAGUUCAGAGUUUAAGAAAAAGACCAUUGCUCCGAGAGCACUGUCACAACAGACUGAGGUUCCUGUGCCCCAACCCUCUUCAUGCCAUCCUACAGAAGUGAAGCCACCACAGGCUGCAAAACCUGACAGUGAUGUUCAGGGGGAGAGGCGCCACACAUCAACAGAGAAAGAGAGCUUUGUUACGGUGACUUCUGAAGCUCCAUCAAGAAAAGAUUUUGCGUUACCUCAGCCGGUAUACACUAACCUAGAUGAUCAGUCUUUGGAGAACCCCAUGGCAUCCACCAGUCAGACUGAUUCUCCCACUUCUGCAGGGAAUGGGAACGGUAGAGGAUUCUCUGUGGCAUCAAUGCUUCCUCAGGGCCAGAGCAUCGUUACAUCAUCUGGCUCCUUUGGAACGUUUACGUUCACUUCUGAACAGGCAGAGAUGCUGGCCUUGGCCAUGCUAGAACAGGACAGUCCUGGAAGGAGGAGUGGGGGCUGCUCUGGGGACAACACUUCUUCAGCCAAUGCCAACACAGCCCCAUGGGGCUCCCCCAAACCCCCACUUGUGUCUACAAACAAAGACAGGAGCACAACUGGGCAGCAAGCUAAAAUGACCAAGCCCAUGGACCCAGGAACAGUUGCACAUGUUGAGAUGUCUGUCAGAGGACAGACUGGGGAGGGGUCUGUCAAUAGGCCAAAUGGAAGCAGACAUUCCCAAAAUAUUUCCUACUCACAGUCUCAGCCUCUUCCCCAGUCUCAGAGCUCAGCACAGAGUGGGACGGCAGCCAGCCUCAGUGUGAACAACCUGGUCAGACCCAGCUCCAGCCAUCAGCCCUAUCCAGCCUCCCCCAGUCUUGCUGCUCAACAGGGUUCUGUUUCCUCCCCGGUGGGCACCACGGUUCAUAUGUCCCAAGCCUCUAACAAGUCCCUUUCACCCUGUUCAGGUGCUGCCCAUGUAAUUGAAUACACCACCUUAAAGACUUCAUCAGUAAGGACUCAGCCUGGAAAUGCUGUGGGUGAGCGACAAGUGAAGAUCAUCUCUAAAAGGCAGGCCCAGGAAGAAGUCAUGCUAAACACAGGAAAACGACCCAAACCUUGUCUCCCCACAGUUAAUCCUGUUGGCCACAUGGAUGUCAAAGCACCAGAGCACAGUCAGAUGAUGGUGCCACUGCUGCCAUCCACCUCUUCAGCUGUCCUAACAAGGAUCAGUUCAGAAAGUGGUGGCCCUCUCUUCUCCACCAACUCCUUCAUGAGUCCAGCUGCACGUCCCAUCGAGGGCCACUGCCCUCCACAAGGACCUCCAGAGCAGAACCAGUCAGGGGUGCUUCCAAUACCCCAGGGUCAUUCACAACGUAUUGUAAGCCAACCUGGUCAGCAUCUGGGAGGGAACCUUUACAUGAAACAGCAGCAAGAACAACAAAGACAUCAUCUGUACCAUUUGCAGCACCACUUGACACAGACAGACCCUGCACAGCGCCAUUCACUACACCAGAGGGCGCUGCAGCAGCAGCAGCAAGAGCAGCAGCAUGUCCAGAAGAAACGAGGGAUUGUCAGAGGUGGUCAGACUGGCUCACCUGCUGGGCUGCAACAGAAGCAUCACCUGGAAAAGUCUGGACUGCAGCAGCAUUCACAUCAGCAACAGCAGCCUCAGCAUCAACAGCAAACCCAGCAGCAUCCGCAGCAGUCGCACCAACAAUCGCAACAGCAUCAACAACCGACGCUACACCAACCAUCUCAUCAGCAGCAGCACCAACAUCAACAGCCUCCCCCCCAGGCACAGCAUCAGCAGCAGCUACAGCAGCAGCAGGGUGCCCACUCCAGACACCCACAGCAUCUGCAGCAGCAGAUCCAGCAGCAGCAGCAGCACUUCAGGCAUCAAGAGAAAACUUGUGAAGCCCAAUCAGUGGGAUCCAGGUCCCACCACAGCAGCCACAUGGCCCAGCAGGACCACCUCAAGACUGGUCAGGACCAUAAUGCUAUGCAGAGGAUGAUGAGCUCCCGGAGCCUGGAGCAGCAGCUCAUCUCUCCUCCCAGUAACCCGGUGUCUCGUUCGUCUGAGCUGGCCUGCGCUCCUUCUCGUCAGGAACGUCACCGCAUUUCAGAUUACUCCGCCGAGGCGCUCCUCAGUAAGAGUUCCACUAGUGGCGAGCAGCAACAGCGCAUAGCUCUCCACCUUCAGCCUGGCCGUGGUGGCGCUCAGGAACAACCAGACCUCCGCGGUUACUUGGACACCUCCCGAGGAAAGGCCAGCAUUCCACACAACCCACAGAACCGCCUCCCACCUGAGCAUUCUUCUUCCAGUGAUGUUCAGCGAGGUUCAGAGUGUCAGCCCUUUAAGGCGAUGGGUGGUGGAGGGGGAACGCAUCAACUUGGUGGUUUUGAGGCUCAAGUCUCUCGUGGGAAUGAUAUGGCGUCCAAGUCGGUGCCUCCCUCCCAGAGGGGCCUCCAGGGGCAGCAGCAGGGAGGGUUCAGGAUGAGUGUUGGCCCCGUCGCAGAUGGAAGAAAUCGUGGAGGCUACAGUGGAGCUCAUCCUGGCCCUCAGGGUGUACAAGUUGGGUCCACGCUGCCUCGCGAACAAGAAGGUUGUCACCAGAGUUUCAUGCAGAGCCUCCUUUCACCCCACCUUUCUGAGCAGAGCAACCACCAGCGAGGGGUGCAGUGCUGCCCCCCAGUCAGCAUGGAGUACAGCUGUGUGCCUGGGAGCACCUCAGGAGACAUCCAAGCCAAGGCCUCCAGCCCGAGUGUGCCUCCGUCUCAGAAGGCCCCAGCUAUGAGACUGGCAGAGAGCAGCAAGGGCCACAUUCCUCAGGUCAGCAGUAAUAUGCACACUGGGGUUCGAGCGGGUCUCCCCCACCCUCCAACUCCACACAGCAGCUCAGAGCCGGGUCGCUCCUCAGCCCUCUCCAGACCACCUGCUGCUGUUAGCCAGCACUCUCGUCAUAUUCCGAGGGACACUCAGUCCGCCAAACUGAGGCCCAGUGACCGGCCUCGAUCAGGCGCUCUGAGAUCGACCAACCCCUUUGAGCCCGAGGGCCACCUGCCUCUGCCCUCUGCGGGGGGAGUGCUACUGAGUCGCCCGCAGUCCGGAGGAGAGACCAGACGCAGCACCAUUGUGCGCUUCAUGGGGGACAGCGCGCAGGUUCCCAGCGACAACAACCUAGUGUCUGAUCAGCACCUAACACAGAACUUUGGCUUUUCCUUUAUUUCAGAAGGAGGGAUGAAUCCUCCACCUCCUAUCAACGCAAACUCUACUUUCAUCCCUCCAGUCAGCCAACCCAGCACCUCCCGAACACCGUCCCUUCUCCCUGUGGAGCCCCAAAACACGUUACCCUCCUUUUAUCCUUCCUACUCCCCUGCUGCUCACCCCAGCCUUCCCAGUGACGUCACCCUCCAGUACUUUCCCAACCAAAUGUUUCCAAGUCCCAGUGCAGACAAAGGCAGCGCACCACCACUCAACAACCGAUUUGGCUCCAUCCUCUCCCCACCUCGACCUGUGGGCUUUGGCCAGGCCAGUUUCCCCUUGCUCCCAGACAUUCCCCCUAUGCCUUCAUCUGGAAUCACCCCUCACAUCUCAAACUUCAGCCUCACCUCGCUGUUCCCCGAGAUCGCCACCGGCAUGCCCUCCGACGGCUCGGCCAUGCCCAUGUCUCCCCUGUUGUCUCUUUCCAACCCAUCGGCCGACUCUGGCAAGCAGACGAAUCGUCCUGCCCACAACAUAAGCCACAUCCUGGGCCACGACGGCAGCUCGGCCGUGUGA